AUGAAGGAAACGGUUUUAUUAUUGUUGGCUGUAUGCGGAAUUGCUCUAUCAGCGCAACCAUGUUGUCGGAACAAUCAAGUACUGAAGACGGGCGGCCUUUGCGGAAUCAACAAUGAAAAAAUGACAAAAAUGAACUGCUCGAAUGGACGGAUGGUACUCCGGGACGUUAUCCUCAAUGGUGACAAAGUUUCGACGAAAGAUUCACCAGGCUUCAUUUUCGUCGAAGAUCCUAAUGAAUACUGUCUUGGCAAUAUGUAUAACAACGCCAGUGACCCGAGUCAAGGGACGGUAGCGGUGGCAGUGGUGUGUUUCGAACAGAUAACGAAAACCAAUGAUAUAGAAACUAGUGGCAUCUUAACUCUUAUCUCUGUAUUCUUUCUCGUCGCCACCACCGGCUUAUAUGCUUACUUGCCACAACUAAGGGACUUACAGGGCAAGUGCUACAUGUGUAUGUGUAUCAGCAUGGCCUUAGGGUUCCUUUCCUUGGGAAUACUGCAAUUAAGCCCUGGUUUCAGAGGCGAGAUGUGUACUAUUACAGGGUUCACCGUUUAUACUUGGAUGAUGGCAACUUUCUUUUGGAUGAAUGUUAUUAGCAUUAACGUAUUUCGCACAGUUCUGGAUGCCACCCACAUGAAAAAUACCGAACGGAAGCAAUACUUAAUUUAUAGUUGUUACGCUUGGGGAUUGACACUUUUAUUCCUUACGGUAACAGUUAUUACUAACGUAGUUGAAGGCGAUCACUGGAAGCCUGGGUUCGGCAGUAACAGCUGUUGGUUCAGCGGUCGUAGUGAAACUUGGAUCUUCUUCUAUGGCCCUAUCGCAGUUCUUAUCACAGCCAACAUAAUUUUAUUUGGCCUUUCUUCGUACAACUUACUUCGAGAGACUAGGAAAUUUCAAUUAAAUAACCUUGAUAAUCUCAAACACAGGUUUCUUCUCUCUCUAAAGCUUUUUCUGGUAAUGGGAAUUUCAUGGAUAUUUGAAAUCGCCAGUUUUGCCCAUGGCGAAGCCCACAUCAUUUGGAAAAUCAUGGAUAUCUUCAACUGUUUACAAGGAGUGGUUAUAUUUUUCCUGCUAGUAAUUUUAAGAAGACGCGCUAUUAGAGGUUUAGUAGGUGAGAACUGUUGUCUAGUGGUUACCAAACCGCUGGCUGAUAAGCUCAGUCCUCACGAUGAUUCAGAUGACGAGCACAUAUUACCUGAUGACACAGUGGAAGUCCGACUACAUUAG